AUGACCGAAAAAGCGUUGCCUCUUUUGUAUUUGAAUAUGGCUGGGGAGAUGAUGUACAUUUUGGAUCAGCGCUUGAAAGUAUCGGCUGAGGUGAGUUUGGGGGAAGUUCUUAAGAACCUUCUAAAAUUCUUAGGACUCCUAAAACCUCUUUUAAAUACCUUUAGGGUUUCUUUAGGUCUCAGAAGACUUUAAGAAGGUCUUAAAUAACUCUUAAAAGUGCUUAAGGCUUAAAAUAGGCCUUAAAGUAUGCCUAGAGCUUUUAGGAACCUUGAAAAGCUUCUUAAGGCUUUACAUAAGUUUUUAAGGUCAUAGAGGGCUUUUUGAGAACCGGAAAACGGUUUUUAGAGCCUUAUAAUGCUCUUAAGGUUCUAUAGAGCCUUAAAAAACCUGAAAAGAUUCCAGAGGGCUUUACAGAACUACGAAGGGCUUUUAGGAGACUGUUCGGAUCUUCUUAAGACUUUACAUAGGAUUUUAAGGUCAUAGAGGGCUUUUGAGAUCCUUAAAAAUAUUCUUAAGGCUUCAGAUACGUUUUUAAGGUUAUAGAGGGCUCUUAAGAACCUUAAAAAAUGCUUAAGGCGCGUUUAAAGUGAUAGAGGGCUUUCCAAGAACCUUGGAGGGUUUUCGAGAAAUUGUUCUGAUAAUGUUCAAGUGCCAGACAAACUAAAAAAGGUUGCAGAGGGCUUCUUGAAGGCUCAAGGCUAGACUCUAGGCUUCUUGAAGGCUCAAGGCUAGGCUCUAGUCCAGGCUAGAGUCUAGGCUUCUUAAAGGCUCAAGGCUAGGCUCUAGUCCAGGCUAGACUCUAGGCUUCUCAAAACCUUGAAUCAAUUUCCAGUUCACAGCCGGCGACGAAAAAUCAAAAUCGGAAAAAGUUCUCAAAGACAUAAUCCUACUCGUUCUCGGUAAAUCAACGCUCGACGAAAUCUUCAAAACCAAAAUGAUUCCCCCCAAAAAAAACCUCAAAAUCGUCUUCGAAAAGCUUGCUCAUGCUAGUAUUAUGCGACUCAACGAGAAUAGUAUGGAUAAAUUAUUCGAUCUGAUGAUAAUGGCCGUCAAAUAUUCGAUGGUUAAAGUGACGAUGGCCGAGCAGAUUCUGACAGUUAGCAUCAAUCAUUUGCAGGGAAUUCAGGACAUUCUUCCGACGGAUUUGGAUGUGAGAAACGCCAUCGAACACGCCUUCACAAUGUAUUGCUCAUUGUAUCGACCUCUAAGCGUUCAGCAUUGGCAUCUGGUGCGAACUUCGAUCUUGCAAUAUUUGGCCGGGGUUCAUAUCAAGAUCUCGCUGCUACUUCGAGACGAUCGACAAAGUCCGGAGGGUGUGUUUGUGUUGAAUCGCGAAGAUGUUGCGGUUCAAUUGGCGCCGGAUAUGGAUCAGGUUCCGAUUGGAACUGUUAUUUAUUAUCAGAAUGGCAAGAGGGUUGAGGAGAAGGAUGAGCAUUUUGAGGUCAAGUUCAAGUAUGAACCUUAUAAGAAUUUGGUGAGUUGGGCGAAUUUGAAAAGCUUCAGGGCUAAUAUGAGCAAUGCUUUUUUGAUUGCUCAUAUUAGCUACACACUAACAUGAGCAAUCCUUAUUUAUGAUUGCUCAUAUUAGCUAUGCUUUGCGCCACUUGGAACCUAAUAUGAGCAAUGUUUUUGAUUGCUCAUAUUAGUCUCCAAAAUGUGCCAGGUAUGAGCAAUGCUUUAUUCACGAUGAUUGCUCAUAUUAGCUUCACCAUUAACAUGAGCAAUCCUUAUUGCUCAUAUUAUAGAUUUCGGCCCAAAAAAUCAUUGCUCAUUUUUGUGUAAUUUUCAGGUUAACAUGAGCAAUGCGAGCUUAAUAUGAGCAAUUCUGAAUUUUCACCUGAUUGUUCAUGUUAAACUCAAAAAUAAGUUGAAAGUGUUCAAAAAUUAAUAUGAGCAAUGUUUUUUCUAAUAAAACAACGAUUUUCUUAUCAUUGCUCAUAUUAAACUUCAAAUUCUAGAAUGCGGCCGAGAUUUUCAAGAGCAAUUAUAUUUCAAAAAUCAAAGUCAUUGCUCAUACUAGUCUCAAAAAUGAGCAAUGAUUUUUUAAAAACAACCAAAAUGAAUUUUCAAAUCUAGAUAACAUGAGCAAUUGUUUUCUCUGAGAAUCAAAAUAAACUUGAUUGCUCAUCUGAAAUUUUGCAGCCCGAUCAACUGAACGUGCCGGAAAGAUCGACAGACAUGGGUGAAAACUGGUACAAAAAACACGGCUCACUUCGAAUCCAAGGCGGCGGUGGAAUCGGAAAAAACGAGGUGGGCUAUAAAGCGGGCAACGAGAUGAAAUUCCUCGAGUCACUCAUGUCUCGCGAUCUUUCCACCAACAAAGAUCUCGAUUCGGAAAUCAUGGCAAUGUCUUUAUUCGAUGAUCCAACUGAGGAGAAGAAUUAUAUCAAAGAGAGUGAGGAAUGGUAUGGAAAGAUUAUGAAGAUCGAUGCGACUAAGAAUCGAAAAUCACUGAAAUCCACGAUCGAGGAGAAGACCGGUGGAAGUCGACCAUCGAGUGCGGAUAAAAAGGGGGCGACUAAGAAAUCAAAGGGAGCUGGAUUGUUAGAACUUAUGGAUGAAGCUGCUGCACGACCACCUACAGCAAAGCCUAGAAGAGGAACAUCUACUGAAUCAUCGAGUGUUAAGCCGAAAUCCAGGUCUGGAAGUAGGCCAAAGGAACGGGCUCCGAGUGCGAGUGCUCCAAAAAGAGCUGGAUCGGCGAAGAAGAAGGCGGCGGCUAAUUGA